AUGACAAUUCUUGAAAUCUCCCAACGAAUAGCCUCCCUAACCGAUGCUCACCGAGAAUGCAUGCUCCUCAUAUCCCGACUCUCAAAGCUCGGUGGUACCGGAACUGACGCUGCACGCCUCGAACUAUCUAACGUGAUCCAUCAAUCCCUGAAAGACGCCGACCAGGAGCUUGAACUACUCUCAACACAGGUCGACGAUGAAAUCGGCGACGGCAGCUCGCCGAAUACAGCAGCGCUGAACUCAAAGAUUCACAAGCUGACGGAGGAUAUGAAAAUUGCACGUCUCCAAUACCGAAAGGCCCAACUCGCAUCGAAGCGGCUCGCUGAGAUGACCGCACAGCGUGAGCGGGAACGGCUACUUAGCGGCGGUGGGUCGGGCCGCUCAACGCCAGAGGGCAAGCGGCGGAACAAGAGCCUGACACAGGCGGACCUGCUGAUCGGUGCGUCGACCGAUGUCACCACUGCGCUACGGCGUACACAUACGUUGUUGCAAUCGGAGCUCUCGCGCUCGGCGUUUGCGACGGAAACGCUACAUGCAUCCACCGCUGCGCUGACAGAUUUGUCGUCCCGGUACAGCGCUUUCGAUGAUAUUGUUGCGUCGUCGAGAGUGCUGAUUUCAGACUUAAUCAAGAAGAACAAAAGUGAUAGAUGGUACUUUGAACAUGCUAUCUAUAUUCUCGUUAGCAUUCUUGUUUGGAUCUUGAUCCGUCGACUCUUGUGGGGACCGAUCUAUCUGUUCUUUGGCAUGCCAUUGAGGUUGGCAUGGUGGGGCCUAUCAUGUGUAGCGUGGGUUAUUGGGUCGGGCGGUGAUGGCGGGGUUGCCGAGAUAAGACGGGGGGCCGGGCUUGAUGAGAGCGGGUUUGUGGGCGCAACACCGACUGUGGAGGUUAAGGGAAUUCCGGAAAGCCUGCUGGUACGAGUACCAUCGUCAACGGCAUCAUCCAUGCCGGAAGCUUCUGAGGCCAUGCAGGGGUCGACGAGGGAAGAGUCAAUGAGAGAGAAGGUCGAGAAGAUCAUAGAUCUUGAGGAAGCUCCAUCGGGUAGUAUUGGCGAUGGAGAUGUCCAUGAUAUACCAGAAUCAGAGCCACAAAAGGGUGAAAUUAAUCACGAGGAUUCUCUCCCGGAAAGUGUUCAAAAGGAAUCGGAGCCGCGGAACAUGAAGUCAAGAAGAAUGGACUACGAACCAGGAGAAACAGUCGUUGCGCAACCUACCGAGGAACCACCCCACCGAGACAAAAACCCUAAAUCGAGGAGAAUGGAAUAUGACCAAGAAGAAGAAAGACGUGCCAAUGCACAGGCGGCCGAAGAAUCCCAAGGCAAAAACCCUAAAUCGCGGAUAAUGGAGUAUGACCCUGUAGUAGAUGAUAGUUUACGGGAGGAGGCGGGUAUUGAAGUUGAGAGGGUUCACGAUGAAUUAUAG